GGCGCGGCGUGGGGAGGGGGCUCAGCAGCUACGGCAGCGCGGGGUGCGGGCCCUGGCGCGGGUGGCGGGUAGGCGUUGGGUGGGCGAUGCCAGGAGCCGGGGCGCGGAUGGAGGAAGGCCGUGGCGUGGAGGGCGCGGCGCCUGGAGCGGGCUCGGAGGCUGGGGCGGCGGCCGGGCGCGAGCCCGCGCGGCUGUGCGGGUACCUGCAGAAGCUUUCCGGCAAGGGCCCUCUGCGCGGGUACCGCAGCCGCUGGUUCGUGUUCGACGCGCGCCGCUGCUACCUCUACUACUUCAAGAGCCCGCAGGACGCGCUACCCCUCGGCCACCUGGACAUCGCCGACGCCUGCUUCAGCUACCAGGGCCCCGACGAGGCGGAGCCGGGUGCCGAGCCGCCCGCGCACUUCCAGGUGCACAGCGCGGGAGCCGUCACGGUGCUCAAGGCUCCUAAUCGUCAGCUUAUGACUUACUGGUUACAGGAACUUCAGCAGAAAAGAUGGGAAUAUUGCAACAGCCUGGACAUGGUGAAAUGGGACAGCAGGACUUCUCCAACUCCAGGGGAUUUUCCGAAGGGACUCGUAGCCAGAGAUAACACAGAUUUAAUUUUCCCGAACCCAAAUCUGUCUGCUGAAAAAGCCAGAAACGUCCUGGCUGUGGAAACGGUCCCUGGAGAGCUGGUGGGAGAACAGGCUGCAAAUCAGCCAGCCCCAGGGCAUCCGAAUUCUAUUAACUUCUCUCUGAAGCAGUGGGGUAAUGAGCUCAAAAAUUCAAUGUCAUCUUUCCGUCCUGGGAGAGGGCACAGUGAGAGUCGGAGGACUGUGUUCUAUACCAAUGAAGAAUGGGAACUUCUAGACCCACCUCCUAAGGACCUGGAGGAGUCCCUGGUGCAGGAAGAACGGAAGAAGCAGAUGCCUGAGGGCAGCAAAGCAGUCACUAGUUCAGGAUUCCCUUUCGAGUUUGGACGGAACCCCUACAAAGGAAAGCGCCCUUUGAAAGACAUCAUUGGGUCAUACAAAAAUCGCCACAGCAGUGGUGACCCGUCGAGUGAGGCAUCAGGCAGUGGAUGCAUCAGUAAGCCAGCCUCUGAGAUGCAGCUGCAGAUUCAGAGCCAGCAGGAGGAGCUAGAACGGCUCAAGAAGGACCUGUCCAGUCAGAAGGAGCUCAUUCGGCUGCUCCAGCAGACAGUAAGGUCAUCCCAGUAUGACAAAUACUUCACAAGUCACCAGAUCAGCCAGGGGCUUCCCAGGGACACCCUGGAGCUUCUCCACCAGAAGGACGAUCAAAUUCUGGGCCUCAGCAGCCAGCUGGAGAGGUUCAGCCUGGAGAAGGAGAGCCUGCAGCAGGAAGUGAGGACACUGAAGAGCAAAGUGGGCGAGCUCAACGAGCGAAUGGGGAUGCUGAUGGAGACCAUCCAAGCCAAGGACGAGGUCAUCAUCAAGCUCAGCGAGUGUGAGGGCAGUGUGUCUUCACCUACCUUGGGGCCCAGCUCUCCUUUGACUGCCCCUGCCAGCCGGGACCAGCUGGAGCUGGACAGGCUAAAAGAUAAUCUACAGGGGUACAAAACCCAAAAUAAAUUUCUAAAUAAGGAAAUUUUGGAACUCUCAGCUCUACGAAGAAAUGCAGAAAGAAGAGAAAGAGAUCUGAUGGCAAAGUAUUCUAGCCUGGAAGCCAAGCUCUGCCAGGUAGAAAGUAAAUACUUAAUACUGCUUCAAGAAAUGAAGACACCGGUUUGCUCAGAAGAACAGGGGCCUGCCCGAGAUGUCAUAGCCCAGUUGUUGGAGGAUGCUCUGCAGGUUGAGAGCCAAGAGCAGCCAGAGCAAGCAUUCGUUAAACCUCAUCUGGUCAGUGAGUAUGAUAUCUAUGGGUUUAGGACAGUUCCUGAUGAUGAUGAGGAAGAAAAGUUGGUCGCCAAGGUCCGAGCGUUGGACCUAAAGACUCUGUACCUCACAGAAAACCAGGAAGUUUCCACUGGGGUCAAGUGGGAAAACUAUUUUGCUAGCACAAUGAACAGAGAGAUGGUGUGUUCUCCAGAGCUGAAAAACCUGAUCCGAGCAGGCAUUCCCCAUGAACACCGCUCCAAGGUAUGGAAGUGGUGCGUGGACCGUCACACCAGGAAGUUCAAGGACAGCACUGAGCCGGGCUACUUCCAGACCUUGCUUCAGAAGGCUCUGGAGAAACAGAACCCAGCCUCCAAGCAAAUCGAGCUGGACCUGCUACGGACUCUGCCCAACAACAAACAUUAUUCCUGCCCCACCUCAGAGGGCAUCCAGAAGCUACGCAGCGUCCUUCUCGCCUUCUCCUGGCGAAAUCCAGAUAUCGGCUACUGCCAGGGCCUGAACAGGUUGGUGGCAGUGGCCCUUCUUUACUUAGAACAAGAAGAUGCUUUCUGGUGUUUGGUUACCAUUGUGGAAGUCUUCAUGCCCCGAGACUAUUACACUAAGACUCUUUUAGGAUCUCAGGUGGAUCAGCGGGUGUUCAGAGACCUCCUGAGUGAGAAGCUGCCUCGACUGCAUGCCCACUUUGAACAGUACAAAGUGGACUACACCCUCAUCACCUUCAACUGGUUUCUGGUGGUGUUUGUGGACAGUGUCGUCAGUGACAUCCUUUUUAAAAUAUGGGAUUCUUUCCUUUAUGAGGGACCAAAGGUUAUUUUCCGUUUUGCCCUGGCACUUUUUAAAUACAAGGAAGAGGAGAUCCUGAAAUUGCAAGAUUCAAUGUCCAUAUUCAAGUAUCUCCGUUAUUUCACUCGGACUAUCCUUGAUGCCAGGAAGCUGAUCAGCAUCUCCUUUGGGGACCUGAACCCAUUCCCCUUGCGCCAGAUCCGGAACCGGCGAGCCUACCACUUGGAGAAGGUCCGGCUGGAGCUGACAGAGCUGGAGGCAAUCCGUGAGGACUUCCUUCGUGAGCGGGACACUAGCCCUGACAAAGGCGAGCUGGUCAGCGAUGAGGAGGAAGAUACUUGAGUGGACCCCUACUUCUAGGACACUGCUCUUCUUGCCUUUACAACCAAAAGUGCCAAAAGGAUUAACUGCAGGCACAUCUCUGCCCGUUCAGUUCCAGAAUGUAAUGUCUGUGGCCUCUGGGGAUCUGCUGGGCAGGUGUCCAAAGCCAAGCUGCACUUUCUCAUCUCCUGCUUUGGGGGCUGGGGUCUGAUCUGUUUACAGCCACCUCCAUGCCCCGGCGUUUGGUCACAUGCAUCACAGUCAUGCUUGCUGCCUGAUUAGUGACUUGCCAUGCAAUUACCAGUUGAGUGUUUCCAGAGGCCUGUUUACAGCAUCUGCCAGUUGUAUGGGUGUUUCACCCUACAAAAACCCUAUUUUUCUCCAUAUCUCCCUAUGCUCUUUCUUUUACUUCAAAGGCAGCACCGUGGGGAAUGCACACAGGGCUUCAGAGUGGCUGCUUCCGGGGGCAGAAGGUCACCAUGAAAAGAGACUUCUUAGAAAAGCCAGUACAUCUCUUGUUCAAAAUCAGCCUCCCUAGAAAGCCCAGGAGCCCUCUGCUGUUGUCUUCACACUGUCAGCCAUAGCCCCUCCUGGACUAGCCUUUGCCCUCAUCCACAGCCUUUCAGACAGUGGCUCCCACCCUGCUGUGCAUCCAGCUCCUGCACUUCUCACUGCCCACCUGUUUGCCAGCUGCUGUGUCCCAGCUUGCUGGGGGCCUGGCACAACUCCAGGAGCUUCUGUGGAAAGUUUUUUUUUUUUUUUAUCAGGGAGGUGACUUGUAGAAGCAAUUCUCUAAGGGUGGCUGGAUUGGGGUUCUAAGUAAACCGCACAGCAGGCCCAUCCCUGGCAUAUCCCCACUUGGGAGACACGGGAAACUUUGAGAGGCAGCCUGGCAUGGCAGUGACUUGUGCUAGAUGAGUCUUUGGAUGGCAACAACUACAGCUUAACCACUGCGGCCCAGACUCUGGUGUCUCCUCUGCCCAGCUACUGGGUUGGUGGUGGGGUGACUGCCUGCCAGCUUCCUGGAUCUGGAAGCACCUUUGCUUAAGUACAAGACUGUAUGAGCUCUCCUAGUCUCAUUCUUGACCUCUGCAAGGAGCUGGGGGGGGGGGGGGGGGGGUGUCACUGGGGACUUGGAACACUGCCUUCUCAAAGCCAAACCAGGUAUGGUGGAGCACACCUGUAGUCCCAGCACUCUGGAGGCAGAGGCAGGUAGAACACUGAGUUUGAGGUUAGCCGGAGCUAAAUAGUGAGAGCCUGUCUCCAAAAAAAAGUUGGUAGAGGGACAAGGAAGAUUAUCUCUGCUUACUCCUUCUGGGCCAGCCCUGAUGGGUGGCUCUUACAGGACAGCAUUUUGUUACACAAGGGAAACUGUCUUAAAUGGACUAUCUUACACUACCUGAAAAAAAAAUCUGAAAUAAUCCUUAGUUGGUAUAAACACACUCAGACUAAGAACUGAAACAGGACAGUCCAAGAGUGCUUUUCCAUGGCUGGUUUCUUUUUUACUGUCAGCUUUCUAGCACUUGAAUGGCCAAGUUGGUUUUUCAACAUCUAGAGUAUGUUCUGUUUCUCUUUAAAAGUUGCUUUAUUUCUUACUGUGUAAAAGAAGCUGGUCUCUAUAUUUAGCCUUUGUCUCUUCAGGUAUCAAAAAAAAGCGUGUCAUUAUCAUUGCAUCUUUGGGAGUAGCAGUUUGAGGUGGGGCUUCUUCAGGAGCUGUCUGGGAGCUGGACAGUGGCCUCCCUGCUGUUCCCAGGGCCACAGGGACCAAAUGCUGGAGAAAGCUCCACCCCUCUGUGAAAUGCUGGCUGUCAGCCUCCGUGACAGUAACUGAAGGUAUAGGACUGGGGUUGGAGCCCCAUAGCUCUGCUCCAAAAGCCGUCCAAUUUCAGUUGUCAAGUCAGUUUCCCCUGGAAGAUGACCACCCAAAUGCAUACUUGGCUAGAAUGUUCCCUUACGGUGGGCUGCUUUUGUCCUGUGUGCCCUGUAAAGUUGCAUCUUAAAAGUACAUAAUGGUAAAAUGCUUUCCUAGCAUAUGAGGCCCUACAUUCCAUCCCUAGCAAUGCCAAAACAAAAGUCCCCGAGGGGCUUGGUGGCCUGUUAACACCAUUCCCUGAGAGAUAGCAGUUGAAGGCCCUCCCUGGGAUAAAGUGCUCAGUGUCUAGAGAGCUGAGAGAGAAUGAAUGGUUGGCCUGCUUUUGGUUACUGAAGGAAUGGUUGAUCUUCCAGUUUGGAUACAGGAUGGUGCUGACUCCUAGAGCCAUAGCUCCCACUGGUUUUGAGCCUUGACCUCCCAUUCCUUCAUCACCGAGAGACCUAUCCCACCCUCUAGUACCCAAGGUUCCUUUAGUUGCCACCAAGGUAAGUGCCCCUCCUAGCAUGGGCUCCUCAUGCUGCUGUUCAUCCAAACCUUUGCCCAGCACGCAGCAGCCUGUGGCCCCUACAUAUAGGCCUUGAAGGCUGAGAAACCCAAAGUGCAGCCUCCAGCCUGUGGGUCCAAAUGCAUGUGCCAUACAGCACCCCAUCAGAUGGGAAGUAUUAAUAUUUCAACUGUUAAUACUUUUAUAUUUUCACUACAAUUUAUAUUUUUAUAGGCUAUUUUAUUAAGGUUUUUCUAGAUUCUAUACAACUAUUUUAUAUAACAAGUUCUAUUUUGUGUGCACAACUCCCUUGUAUGUAUUUAUGUAAACCUGAGCCUAUUUACUCCCCCUCCUGUGCCACCUUUUCCCCUAGCCUUGACCUUCACAUCUGCUUACCCCAGGUAGCCUUGGGUGCUACUUGUAGCCUUGCUGACUGCUCAACAGUAGCUGGCGGCUGUUAACUUUUUUUGUUAGCUGUGUUAUAUUGAUACAGGAAGUACUCUACAACACCCAGUCAGGUUUUAACUGUGUUACUGCCCAAGCCCCCCUUGCUUUGUAGUAUCAUCUUCCUGAUGUACUGGGGCCUGACCAGGAAAGUCCUCACAGAGAGACAACCUCGGUACCGAGGCACUGAGACUCUGCCUCUGGACAAUAAUAGGAGGACUUGGGGCACCACUGCUAAGCGAUUGUCCUUUGAUAUAGCAGUUUUCUAUGCUGAUCUUAGCUAAAAUUUGGAAUAAAAUUUUAAAAGGGAGAAAUAAACUAAUUUGUAUAACA